CAAGAGGACAAAGAGGAUGUCUUCAGCCACAGGCCUCCGGGGUCAGACACGCUGCCUCCUCUUAGCCCUGAUCUGCAGCUGUACCUGCUUACAAGGGACAGAUUCAGCCUCACAUCUGCAGCCCUACAUCUCUUCUCACCUCAGAUACCAGCCUGACUGUGGGGAAACGAUCCGCAUCCUGUGUGAGGGCUACACAGCUUUUGCAGACAGCGGCAUCAUGUACUGGCUGGCCAAUGGAACCUUCCUGGAAGACUUGUACUCCGAAGAAGAAGUGACCGAAAGCAGCACCAUAGAGGAAGCCAAGGGCACCGGCCUUGCCCUGAGACGGGAGCUGUUCAUCCCUGUCUUCACAAAGAAGAUCUUGAGCACCAAGUUCGAAUGCAUCGUCCUUGACCCAGCAGGCUCAGCACGGAAAGCAGUCACCUGGAAGCGUAACAAGGAGUUGCAUGGUCAAGAUGCAGCAGUGAGUGGGAGCGGAGUGCUUGGAAACUUUUGAGCAGAGCUCUGGGGCUGAGUGGCCAGAGGACAGGAGCAUGCCCAGCAUUAGAGUGAUGGAGGACUCACGGCUGCCAUCGACAGCCCGCCACCUCCUUCCAGUGCUCCUGCUCUUACUUUCUCCUUCCCACCUCUCUGCUCCAGGCGAUGACUGCUCCACCUGCUCAACUCAUCCCAAAGGCAGGGAGUGCCCCGAGACACAGGGCACCAAGGAAGUGGGGAAGUUAGCAAAAUGCCAUUCCUGGAGGAUUUAAAACAUCAUUCAGAGCGCCAAACCAUAUGCAGAACCGUUUAAAUAAAAUCUAGAGGCAGUCUCUUUACGCUCCUCUGCGAACAAAUGGCAGCUGUCACUGUUUUUUCCUGUUCUCUUCCUUGUCUGAUGUGUAAAACUGUAUUAACACUCCAGAGUCCUUGCCGCAGGGGAGUCUCUGUUCCGUCACUGAGCCAUGAUCCCCUUUGACAGUAUGCAUGCACAUGUGUGUGAAUUCAUUGUAUGUGAAAUGCUGCUCCUGUGUGGGACCAGACCCAUUUCACAGUGUUGGUUGGAUCCUAGGAAGCUCUAACAGCCUGGGGAAAGGGGGCCCACCCCCGUUAGAAAGGGGGCCCACCCCCUCCCUCACCCAAAGCCUUCCUCCAGCUUCACAGCAGGAGUGGGCGGCUUGCAGCCGACGACCUGCCUUCGAAACAUCCGCCCUGCUUGAGGCCUGAGCAAGUGAGAGCCUAUCUAUCUCAGGUAGGGAUGGAAAGAUCUCUCUUUUUGUUCUUUCAGAUCCUCAUUCUUCCAAUGUUAAAUUCAGUUCUCUACGUUUCUACAGCAAUCUGAUUUUUUUAAAAAAAUCCUCAUGAAAAUUCUCCAUUUUAGUCUGAAUUCCUAAAAAAAACCGACGUAU